CCCAGGCGCUGACUCUAUAAUGACGUAUGACUGUCGGUGUUGGUUACGGUUGUCACCGCUAGGGUGGAGCUCCAGAAGAGAGACGGACUUUGGAGCAGUGUGCCUGGUCAUUUGAUUCACUGACAGUAAGAGGAGGACUAGUGAAGACACACCGGGCAUGAAGAUCUUGUCAUUUCAAACAUUAUUGGGGACAGAAUAGUCUCGGGAAAUCUCGGAUCAGUCAGAACAUUGAGGCAAACUCGUCCAGAACCACCAACUCCCCAAAACAAGGCAAACCCAUCCAGAACCACCAACUCCCCAAAACAAGGCAAACCCAUCCAGAACCACCAACUCCCCAAAACAAGGCAAACCCAUCCAGAACCACCAACUCCCCAAAACAAGGCAAACCCAUCCAGAACCACCAACUCCCCAAAAACAAACUCAGCCAGUAUUACCCAGCCACAGCAUCUAACUAAUGAAUUUCCACUUCCUCAUGCAUUGAAGUCACUGGGAGGCGAAGUGAACAUUUGAUUUAAGUGAAAACUUGAGCAGCAAACAUGCUUCAAACAGACUCGGAGUUCACUAAAACACGAUGGAUCUGUACCAUCAUCGGACUGGGCUUUUACCUGGUGGACAUUGUGACAGACGUUGGACUAGCAGUGAAGUACUUCCUGGUCGGAAACCUGGUCUGGGCUGGGCUGACUUUACUGUUUGUGGUGGUUGGCUCAGCAGCCACACAGGUCUUCAGCUACACCUGGUACAGAGAUGACAUGAAGAACCCACUGGUUAAUCCUGGUGGAGACAAGCUGAUAUCUGGGAUGAACAGAGGAAGACUGAUUGGACUCCAUGUUUUGCAGAUGGGUAUCUUCACCAGGUACUACCACCUGUUGAAGGCAGGAUACAUGGUGGUGUGGUUCAAGUCACCUGAGACUGUUGAAUUCUCCAGAGAUGUCCACUUGGUCCUGUUUGGUCGGGCGACCGAUCUGAGCAUGCUCAAACUGUUUGAGACGUUCCUGGAGAGUGCCCCUCAGCUCCUCUUCCAGAUGUAUAUCCUGCUGGCCCAUGGACACAAGUCCACAAUACAAUGCAUCUGCAUGGUGGGCUCAUUCAUCAACAUCGCCUGGGCUAUAGUGGACUUCCGCCGGUGUCUCCGUCGAUCCUUACCCCAGGUCCGAGAGAUGCCUUCUGGCCUCCCUACAUUCGUCUACCUCCUAUACAAGCUGUUGACCAUCACCGCUCACAUCCUCAGCCUCAGCCUCUUCCUCGUCCUCAGCCCUUACAGUACCCUGGGAAUGGCUGUCGUCUGGCUGGCCGGAACCCUCUGGGCCUAUUGGGUCCGUACUGAUUUCUGCAUGUCUAAAGGUCUAGAGAGGCUCUAUCGGAUCAUCGUGGGAGUCGUCCUCAUAUUCACCUUCUUUAACGUGAAAGGACAGGAUACCAGAUGGCAGAUGGCUGUGUACUACGUUCUCUUUGCGUUUGUGAACCUCUCGGGUCCUUUGCUGCUGCUUCUGGUGAGGCCAGAGGUUAACGCUGCUGAGUACUUCUGGCCGGUGACUCUGCUGAUAUUUGGAGGGACCGUUCUAGGGCUGGCCUAUCUGCUCCUGUAUUAUACUGUCUAUCACCCCAGAGGGAGGAGUCUACAGGCAGAUGAGGUGGAUGGACACAUGGGACAGGAGAGAGAACCAGAUACAAUGCUGAGAAUGAGGAAUUUCCUACAGCUCUGAGGCUCACCUUCCUUAUUCGCCACAUAUUCAAUGGAGGAGUUAAAUAGACAAUCAGGCAUUUGAAAAACAACAAAGGUGUCACCCAGACACGUUGUUCUGUUAAACAGCUAAGGGGGAUGGGUUGGAGAAAUGUAACGGCUAAGACAAACUCUGGUUGGUGGACUGUCUGGUUGGUGGACUGUCUAGUUGGUGGACUGUCUAGCUGGUGGACUGUCUAGUUGAUGGACUGUCUAGUUGGUGGACUGUCUAUUUGGUGGACUGUCUAGUUGGUGGACUGUCUAGCUGGUGGACUGUCUAGUUGGUGGACAGUCUAGCUGGUGGACUGUCUAGUUGGUGGACUGUCUAGCUGGUGGACUGUCUAGUUGGUGGACUGUCUAGCUGGUGGACUGUCUAUUUGGUGGACAGUCUAGUUGGUGGACUGUCUAUUUGGUGGACUGUCUAGUUGGUGGACAGUCUAGUUGGUGGACUGUCUAUUUGGUGGGCAGUCUAGUUGGUGGACUGUCUAGUUGGUGGACAGUCUAGCUGGUGGACUGUCUAGUUGGUGGACUGUCUAGUUGGUGGACUGUCUAGUUGGUGGACAGUCUAGUUGGUGGACAGUCUAGUUGGUGGACAGUCUAGCUGGUGGACUGUCUAUUUGGUGGACAGUCUAGUUGGUGGACUGUCUAUUUGGUGGACUGUCUAGUUGGUGGACAGUCUAGUUGGUGGACUGUCUAUUUGGUGGGCAGUCUAGUUGGUGGACUGUCUAGUUGGUGGACAGUCUAGCUGGUGGACUGUCUAGUUGGUGGACUGUCUAGUUGGUGGACUGUCUAGUUGGCGGACAGUCUAGUUGGUGGACAGUCUAGUUGGUGGACUGUCUAGUUGGUGGACUGUCUAGUUGGUGGACAGUCUAGUUGGUGGACAGUCUAGUUGGUGGACUGUCUAGUUGGUGGACUGUCUAGUUGGUGGACAGUCUAGUUGGUGGACUGUCUAGUUGGUGGACAGUCUAGUUGGUGGACAGUCUAGUUGGUGGACUCUGACUGUCAUCCUUUUAGUUUCUAAGUCACCUCAGCCUUCUUUUAUCUUAUCAGUUUCGGUUCCUCCAGUCUUACAGCUGCUGCUCCCUUUACAGUAAGCUGCAGGCUAAACAGGUUUUGUUAAUUUUGUCUUGUGACAUCACAUCAUAUGAUCGUUCUCACCCUCAGGAGAUCAAAGUCUAUUUUCCUUGUUUUUGUUGCUGCUCUGAAAGACCGGAACAGGUUAAAAGGGACUGUGAUAUUUGGCCACUACAAUUCUGCCUACAUAUCUCAGGUCUGGUGUCCUCAGCUGAGAUGAAUGAGAGGGACACACCGCCUCUUAUAUGUUGAUUCAUGAUGUCAAUGCAAACAGAGAACAGAAGGAAGACUUCCUUUUACAGGCCACCUAACCUUUAAGGGUGAAGUAAGAAGACGUUGCUAUGGACUCGCUCAGUGAUGUGUUACAGACUCUUUUAUUUACCUUUAUUUAACUAGGCAAGUCAGUUAAGAACAAAUUCUUAUUUACAAUGACGGCCUAGGAACAGUGAGUUAACUGCCUGUUCAGGGGCAGAACGACAGAUUUGUACCUUGUCAGCUCGGGGGUUUGAACUUGCAACCUUCCAGUUACUAGUCCAACCACUAGGCUACCCUGCCGCCCCUCCACUCUAACCACUAGGCUACCCUGCCGCCCCUCCACUCUAACCACUAGGCUACCCUGCCGCCCCUCCACUCUAACCACUAGGCUACCCUGCCGCCCCUCCACUCUAACCACUAGGCUACCCUGCCGCCCCUCCACUCUAACCACUAGGCUACCCUGCCGCCCCUCCACUCUAACCACUAGGCUACCCUAACCACCUCUACACUCUAACCACUAGACUACCCUGCCGCCCCUCCACUCUAACCACUAGGCUACCCAGCCGCCUCUACACUCUAACCACUAGUCUACCCAGCCGCCCCUCCACUCUAACCACUAGGCUACCCUGCCGCCCCUCCACUCUAACCACUAGGCUACCCAGCCGCCUCUACACUCUAACCACUAGUCUACCCAGCCGCCCCUCCACUCUAACCACUAGGCUACCCUGCCGCCCCUCCACUCUAACCACUAGGCUACCCUGCCGCCCCUCCACUCUAACCACUAGGCUACCCUGCCGCCCCUCCACUCUAACCACUAGUCUACCCAGCCGCCCCUCCACUCUAACCACUAGUCUACCCAGCCGCCCCUCCACUCUAACCACUAGUCUACCCUGCCAUCCCAUUGAAUGACUGAUGUAUUUAAUCUCUGACAUAUUUUCCACAGUGUUAUUCUGUCAUGUGAUCUGUGUUAAAUACUCCGAUGUUUCGUGUAGUAUUUACCGUCUGUAAAUGCACUUUAAAACGUAAAAAUGUAAUGUAUUAUAAUAUAUAUAAUGUAUUACGAUAUAUAUCAUGUAUUUAACAAUAAAAUGUAUUAUAAACAA